AAACUCUGGGUAGCCAUUUUGUCCUCCGGGAAAGGUAGCCAUUUUUCAUCGGUCUUGCUCGCGUCGUGAAGUUCGGUCACGUAGCUCCGCAUAUUGUUUGAUUGUGGGCGCUUUACAUAUUAGCCAGAUUAAUUAAAGUGUUUUAAAACGUUAUUACUCGCUUGUGGAUAAGUGGCAACUCGGGGAAUCCAUCAAAAUGAGUGGAUACGCACGUCCGCCUCCGAGAAUAGAUGGUAUGAUUUCACUGAAGGUCGACAACUUAACCUACCGCACAACACCGGAUGAUUUGAGACGGGUGUUUGAACGUUGCGGAGAAGUCGGAGAUAUUUACAUUCCCCGCGAUCGACACACGCGUGAAAGCCGUGGCUUUGCCUUCGUCCGAUUCUAUGACAAGCGUGAUGCCGAAGACGCACUAGACGCCAUGGACGGACGCAUGUUGGAUGGCAGGGAGCUUCGCGUCCAGAUGGCUCGUUACGGGCGGCCAACUUCUCCACAGCGUCGCGGAAACCGAUACAACGGUCGUGAACGGGGACGCUCCCGUGAACGCCACCGUCGCCGCUCUCGGUCUCGCAGUCCCGAGCAUCGGCGCCGUUCGUACUCUCGCUCCAAGUCCCGUACACCGCGCUCUCGUUCGGGCAGUAAAUCAUCUCGCGGCAAGGAUUCCCGCUCUCGCAGCCCUGCCGAACGUGGACACUACUAGUGAGACGAUGUGUAAAUUUUAUUAAGAUCAUCCAUCUACAAUCGUUGUGAGAUGGGAAUAUUUUUUGAUUCUGACGACACACGUCCACUGGAUAGGAACCAGGGCAACUUGCGGGUUUGCAGCUGCUGCCUCCCAGCGCAGAAUUGCCCCAACCGGUAACUGCUUUCCAUUCCUGAGUGUCUUCUUCUAAACGCUGUCGCCUUUUUGCAUCAAGUUUUCGCUGGGCAAGACAAGACACACACUCUUUCUCUCUCUCUGAUAGAGUGGAGCGGAAAGGCGAUUGUGCGUGUGGAUGAAGGAGGAGAGGCAGGGAACGCGGAGAACGUUGCUGCGAGAUCAAUCUGCCGCCAGUCAGUGUCCCGGUCGACACCGCGUUCUGCUGUGAGUCAGUUUGAGCGAGGGGAAAUGUAUGCAGGCAGGUGUUGCGGCGUAGAUGUUGAUCCUUGAGCUGCAACCCUCCACGAACCGAAUGCUUGCCGAGCUGUGGUGGCGUUAAGGAGUAUGGGGGUUAUUCCGUACCCGGUGGCCGGUAAAAAUGGUGAUGCAGCGCGCUGGUGAUGCUGGAGAAGCGGCCCGGCGUCCAGACGAUCGUCCGUUACUUGCCCGUGGGAACGUUAGGAAAAAAGAGACAAAAGUUCCGAAUCAUCCAUCCGCUUCGACAGCAGGUAGAUCUUGUUCAGAGAGAAGAGCGAAAGCGGAGUGUGGUCCAUUUGCAGGCAGGCGGUUUCCGGUUUAUCCUGUCCCGGUGCUGCCUCAAUGCUCUCGGAUCGCUGCUUUUGUCGGCCGCCGAAUGGAGAAGCGAUAGACGGAAGAAGACGUGGCAUGUGUGUCGUCGGCUUCUGUACCGGCCGCGGGUUUCCGGUUUCCGUGUGAUGCUGGAGGGGACCGCUGCUGCAUCUGGGUGGCGUUGGCGGUGUUCUAGAUGCUGCUGCUGCUGCUGGUCCCGAACUGGCGUGAGAAGACUUGGUGUGCGUGUGCUCCGUCCGUCCAGAAAAUCCGUCCUGUUUCGUCUGGCGAACGUGAUUUCUUCGUGUUCUGCGUGUCUUUCUUCUCUUCUUCUUUUCUUCCAGCUGAAGUAGCGUGUGUGUGUGUGGAUGUGUGUAUAUGACUAUCCUUUUCCUCAAUUUCCAAGAAUCCCUUACUUCUACUCUCUAGUAGAUGCUGUUAUUGUGUUACUUUUAGUUUUGUUUUUUUUUUAUUGUUUCGCCACUGCUUAUCUCUUUCUGUACGUUUGUACAUAUCUUUAACAUAACACUACAAUGUUGGAUCCCGCUUUCGAGGUUCCAAACGACAAGCAUGCACACACACGUUAACACUUACACAUAACUAUUGUACCAUAGAGCCUUUAACAGUGUGUUACCUUACAUGUCUGUCCCGUCGUGCGGUGUUGGAGGUGCCCCUCCAAAUACGGAGAAGCUUCACCUAAACUGAUUAGUAACGACGGAUCUGGACCGAGACGUGAAUAUGUUUGCCGUUUGCUGAUAUCUUCUUUAAGAACUUGCACGGCAACGCGAUCAAAUACGGCUGGGUCAGGAUUGAGAUCAUUGCAUGGAAAACCGCAUCGAGCCACGGCUGUGUGUGUGUGUUGGCGAUUCUUUGGAGCUCACACUUCUGCUGGUUGCGCGAGCUGAUAAAAGCAGUACAAGAGAGAAGAGCCUGCUAAUUUUGGGGACAUUUAGAGUAAAGUAUGGGCAGACGACAACGCCGCUGUAGCAGUGUAAAAGCAGCAGCUGUAGCAGCGACAGUAACAGAUCAUAAGCAGGAUCGCAUUUUGUAGCAUCUUGAGCAGCUGUGCGAGCGACGGUGUAAGAAACGGCCUAACGUGGCCUAACUAAACUCGACGUAAAAGAUCUUUGAAGAUCGAAGCAGAGAGGGGUAAUGCACGCACCAGCGGCGACGCGAUUCCUACACAACACACUUCGGUGGAGAGCACACAACAAAUAGCAUCAAUGUGUCUGAACAAUUGUUGUACUGUUGUUGCGCUCUUGUUUUCAUCGGUUCGUGCCGCCAUCAGUAACUGUACGGGCAGCUAUAUUGCGUGACACAUCGUGUAUAAGCUGUUUAUACUGCGACGCAGCUGCUGAUUUCCAUCGCAGAGCGGAAGAAGGUGGUUGGAUAGCAGAGAAAGGAGAUGGAACAGGACGAUGGAGGGUGAUGAACAGAUCAAAACGCGUUUUCAUCGAGCCACUCGUGAAAGCAGUCUGGACCUGCUGGACCGGCUGGCCGGCGGUUAAAUUCUGGACAAUAUUUCGGAUGUUACAUUUCUCUCUUCGUUUAGCUGUACACUUACUUCUUAUCUUCCCCCUGUUCGGCGUGUCGACGAGCAAUGCUGAAUGAACCAGUUAGAACCUUUCCCAACAGUAUGCAGUUUUAUGUUUUUGCAGAUUGAACACACAACUAAUACAAAUAAUUGACAACCGCGCAACAAUCAACAUGAGAGACACAACGUUAUCCGCGUACACGAGAAUGUGUGUGUACCACCAUUCCCAACUUUCGACCGACGGAAGCGCUCUUCAUUUCUGCUUGGAACAACGGGAUACGACCAUUUAACAACACACACUCACUGGAGACAAUGCGUGUAACUAACUUCGUAAGGUUGGGUGCGUAUAGUAGGGAACAGUACUGUAAUAAGAGCGAAUUUGGUUUGAAUCUUGCGUGUUUGCGUAAAGAAGAAAAAAACAUUAAAUGAAUGCAUUGCGGUACACCACUGCAGAGUGUGCAGGAGGAACUAACGUUUCAAUUUCAAUCGUUUUGCAUCGUUCUCUGAAGUCGUGAGGGGUAUCAAUUGUAAGCAUAGUUGAAUUGCAUACCAAUUAAGAGAGGAGAGCGAGCAUCUUCGUCGUGACAAAAGUGAAGCGAAAGGAACACAGUUUGGCGGUGUAAUAUUAGUUAAAUUCCACGGCAUUUUCGUACACCUGUAUUCCCUUCCCUCGGUGGCCACUCAUCAACGUCGGCUGGAGCUGUGUUUUACUUACUUUCUUUAGCAACAUAACACAUUAUCAGAAAACUGUAGCAGCGCAUGCAAGCAAGCAGAGAAAGAAUGGUCAUGGUAAGUGCGGAAUAUCUAUUGUUUGGUGGCCGCCCUGGGAAUGGAAUGGUGUUUUAAUAUACUUACGUUUUUGUAAAUUUCUAUCAGCUUUACGUCUUUCAAUAUAGUUCUUGGUUACAACAGCAGAGAGAGGGAGAGAUCAUAUUUAAGCAGUAAGUUCGUACGGAUUGUACCUUACAAAGCUAGCGACAGACAGCUGCUUUAUAUUUUCUAGGGGCUGCGGGAAUGUGUGCUUAUGGCUUUUAUAAACACACACAUACACUCGGUUCAAAGCAAAAAUUGUGCACUGUUUUAUAAGUCAAAGCAACUAACGAAGGCAAAAACACUCGUGCCAAUGGUUUUGAAGAUAACGGCCGCUAAAAAGGGGAAUUACUGUACUUUUUCGCGCAUGUAUUUCACAGUCCAUAAGUUCUGAGAAUUGCUCUUAGAACGGAAACGGUUGUGUUUAGUCUGCAAAAUGUACGAUGAUUCAAGGACACACAUGGUGGUUAGGGUUAGAUUUUCAGAAGUAAAGCACUAAUUAUGAUUUAAAAAGAAGCGAUUGGCGACGAGUAAAGAUUUUCAAAAAUAAAACGCUUUCAUUUUCAAUCCGCUAUGUUAUCUGUAGUAGUGCUACUUAUAGCGGUUCACAUUGAGUUGUGCCCUGAGCACGACGCCCUAUGUGGCCAGGUAUAUAUAUGAAAUGAUCAAAUAAAGAUAAACGACAACUCUA